UUCGCUAAUCAGUUACACCACAUUUGUUUGUACUUCCGGUUCAAAAGUUGUAUAACUAUUUUGUAAAAUUGUCGAUCUAAACUGAAUAUUCCGUGUAUUAUAGACCAUUUGGAGCUCAGAAAUUUAGUCUUUAACAAUCCUAAAGUAUCAAGAACAUACUCAACAUGUCAUCUUUCGUCGACGCCGAGAUUCAGUCCGGAAAGAAAGUUGUAGUAUUUUCAAAAACCUAUUGCCCAUACUGCAGUAGAUGUAAGAAGGUUCUUCAAGCUCAUAUUGGGAAGGAAAUAACUGCCGCUGAUUUCAAAUGGAUUGAGAUGGACAACAUGUCUAACUGCAGCGAAAUACAAGCAUACUUGAGGAAAAUUACUGGAGCUAGUUCAGUACCAAGAGUCUUCAUUAAUGGUAAGAGUGUCGGAGGGUGUGAUGAAACCACCGCCUUGGAUAAGAGUGGAAAACUCUCAGCCAUGCUGAAAGCCUAACUCUUCAUCCAUCAAAGUCAGAUGUAAGCCGCAUCCAAUUUAACAAUCUUACAGGGUACAUCGGAACAUAUAGAAAAUCGAAACAUUUAUUUACCUUGCUUUUGAAGUAUUACAAGUUACAAUUAUCAGCAUCAAGAACCAUAUUACAUUUAUAUAUACAGUGCACUUAUGAAAAUUAACAUUUACAGUAUCAUGAAUGACUGUGGUACAUAAUUGAUAUAAUUAAGGAACGCACAAAAGCCAUGAUCUAACCAGUAUUUGUAUCAAUAUGGUGCCAAAUGGACAACCUUAUUUUAUUAUAUGUCACUGUCAAGGUGCCAAUUUAUAUUAAUAAGCAGUAUUCUGGUAAACCUGGUAUCAAACAGGCUGAUCCAGAUUUUUUCAGGGAUGAUACAUUGUUUGCUUCUCUGUUUUCUUCUCUUUCGGUCUUCCUCUUGUUAUUUGAAAUCAUGUUGCUGAUAUUAUAUAGCUUUUCUCUAUCUCUAACAAGGAGGAUUGGCUCCCAGAG